CAAGUGACCACUGCUGAAUCUGACAUAAGGAGCAGUCUGGCUGACACUCGUCCCAACUAGAAAUCAACAUAAUGAGGUCCUGGUGUGGCCUGGCUUUUCUCUUUUUGGCAUAUUUCUGGCAUGGCGCUCUGUCCUGCCCGCCACUUUGCAAAUGCUACCACAGAAGAGCUGAGGUGGUCUGCAAUGAGGUCCCUCUGACAGAGUACCCCUCCGAGGGUCUCUCCAAGAACACCACCUUGCUGACCAUCCAGUUCACCAACAUCACCUCCAUCUCCGAGCAGCAGCUGAACGCCACGCCCCUGCUGCAGGGGCUCCACCUGUACAGCAACCACCUGCAGAGCCUUUCCGCUCAUCUCCUCAGAGGCGUUCCUUGCCUCAACACUUUGGAUCUCACAGGGAACCAACUUUCUGACCUACCUGCAGAUGUCUUUAACCACGCCCCACUCCGCAACUUGGUGCUCAAGAACAAUGUGAUUAAAAAAGCUGAUGCUGAGUGGCUACCUAAUAACAGCAACAUCACCUGGUUGGACAUGUCUGGGAACAGUUUAACGAAGAUCCCAACGGCGCUGCUUCAGAAGCUGCGCCACCUGGAGAAUCUGGACCUUGCCUAUAACCGUCUGGAGCAGAUCUCUGCAAAUUCUCUGGACGCACUGACCAAACUCGAUAGGUUAAACCUGUGUAACAACAAGCUAGACACCCUGGAUGCAUCGGUACUUCAGAGCAGCCGUAACCUCACCUAUCUGUUUCUCUCUCGGAAUAUCCUCAACAAACUCCCCCAAAACCUUUUUCAGGGGCUCACUCAGCUCAAACUCCUGAGUCUGGAUGAAAACCAGCUGAGCCACAUCCCUGAAGGUUUGCUGGACCCUCUGAUCUCCCUGGAUGAGGAGGGGCUGGACCUGACCUCCAACCCCUGGCUGUGUGAUGGGAAGGUGAAGUACCUCCGGAGGUGGCUUCAGAAGAACAAGAAGAAGGUCUUCCUGCCAGAGACCAUCACAUGUGCCAGACCGCAGUCUCUGGUGGGGCGCUCAUUAAUGUCACUGACUGAAGAUGAACUAAACCUUCAGUCUUAAUGUUUUCCAUCCUCAUACUGGUUAUCAUCUGACAUGGUGAUGUAUCCAGUUCAGCCGGUCAUAUUUUUCAAUCACUGAAACAUUCUCUUUUGUUAAUGUAAUGUGAAUGUAUAAUUAAAUAUGAUAUGAGUAAAGAGAGCAUACAAGAA